AUGGACGCCGAAGCAGAGCUCAAUGAGCAAUUUGCCAGCUCAUUUCCUAAUGGAAUUCCCAAAGACAUUCUCUCUGAGCUUCUCUCCAUGUUGCGAGUGCAUUCAAUCACCGCGGAGGAGCUCUUCUACAAAUGGGAAUCUUACAGCAUGAAGAUGGGCGAGGGGGUGACCCUAACCAUGGAGACGGUGCGAGGCUUCAAGCAGGAUGUUCAAGAGGCAUUGGAGCGAGAAAGCCGUAGCCACGCUGGUCGGCAUACAGAGAAACGAGGCGCAAACACGGCAACCCCGCGCGCCGCAGCCGCAGCCGGCGGCGACAUGUUCGGGAUGUUGGAUCAAUUGACACCGACUGCUUCGAACGUGAGAUCCGGUGGUGGAAUUGGAUCGAUCAAGCGGAAAUCCGAAUUCCCCUCGCCCGCUACACCUAGAGUCAAGACCGAAAGGCCUUCGCAACAAGUUACAAGGACGCCUGGCACUCCUGGCGAUGGAAUGCCAUCAGUUUCGUUCGCAGAGCGCCCCAGCCCCGGCCAGACUGUCGAGACCCUCAAUUCACAUCUAUCUUUGCCCGAAACACCAAUGGCACCAUUCUCCGAGGCACGCAUUCGGCCAACAGCUAACACGGAUCUGAAGAAGUUUGGCUACAAGCCAAUGGGCAUGAAACUUUCAGAAGCAUCGGAGAUUCUAGACGACCGCAUCGACGAGUUUACGACGAUAUUCCAGGCACAAUUCAACUCAGAUGAUAUCACAUUUGGAAGUGCGGCUAUACAGAGUACCAGCGAGAUUGUUGCUGUUGGACGAAUCGCUUCGGACAGUUUAGAAGGAAAGCUGAACCCAGCUUCCCUUGUCCUCGAGACAUCACGCCGAACCGGAGCCGGUAGACGUGUACCUCUUAAAGUGGACUCGGUACCAUCGGCCAACUUCUUCCCUGGUCAAAUUGUCGCCCUCCGUGGUAUCAAUCCUUCUGGUGAAUACUUCACCGUCAAGGAGAUCCUCCCGAUUCCACUUCUGCCACCUGCCGCAUCCUCGGCCGUGGCACUGGACAACAUCAACGACCGAAUUGAAGCAGACUCUAGUCUGCCUCUUAAUGUGAUGAUGGCGGCUGGCCCCUACACUUCAGAUGACAACCUGGACUACGAGCCAUUGCAAGAAAUUUGUCAAAAAGCAGCUGAUAGCUUCGCCGAUAGUCUUGUACUUAUGGGUCCAUUCCUAGAUAUCGAGCACCCAUUGCUCGCAUCAGGCGAUUUCGACUUGCCGGACAUCAAAGGUAUCGACCCAGACACAGUGACCUUGUCCAUCAUGUUCCGCCAUUGUAUCUCAACACACCUGGCACGACUUGCAGCAGCUGUGCCCAGCAUCACGAUCGUGAUGGUUCCAUCUGUGCGCGAUGCACUCAGUCGACAUGUCUCCUGGCCCCAGGAACAACUUCCGAAGAAGGAACUGGGUCUACCGAAGCAAGUCCGCAUGGUCUCAAAUCCCGUCACUCUCUCUUUCAACGAGACUGUCAUUGGUAUGUGCUCGCAUGACGUACUUUCCGAGCUCCGCCGUGAAGAAGUCAUUCAUGGCCGGCCCACAGAGGGCAACCUUCUCACCCGUCUACCCAAAUACCUUGUCGAGCAACGGCAUUUCUUUCCAUUGUUCCCUCCAACCGGACGGGCGAAUCUCCCCAGGCCUGGGACAGAAGGUGGUAUGGCCACAGGCGCCAUGCUGGAUUUGCCCUAUAUGAAAUUGGGAGAGUGGUGGAACGUGCGGCCAGAUAUUCUAAUUGUGCCGAGUAUGCUGCCUCCUUUUGUGAAGGUCGUCGACAGCGUUCUUGUCAUCAACCCAGGUACCCUGUCAAAACGUCGCGCAGCAGGCUCCUAUGCGCAAAUGGCCAUUCACCCACGUCUAGUAGCAGAAGAUGAGCGCGAACAAAAGCAGCUGAGCCACAAAUUGUACGAGCGCGCUAGAGUCGACAUCAACCGAAUCUAG